GGAUGGCACCUUGGUCCCGCACCAUUGCCAGUUCAACUCAACCUCCAAAUCAAUAUAGCCGUCUCUGUUUGGCUUAUGGCGUACAUCCACCUCGACCAGUUUUGAGUAAUUGACAAGCAACACCGCUGCAACUGAAGUCCAUACUGAGUGAGUAAGACUCGCCUUUAUCUAUGACUGGAGGCUGAAUUUUUGAAAAAAACCAUGUGCUUCCACUCUAAAACACCCCAGAACAUUCAGUGCCCCCAGUAGCAAAAUAGGUUAGAAUAAGGCUGAAAUGAGUAAGACAAUUCUGGGUGGAGGCCUAUCAGGCUUGUCAGCCGCUUAUUACCUCUCAAAGGUUGUGAGCAAUGAGCAGACUGUCCUACUUGAGUUCUCGGGACGUUUGGGCGGCUGGCUCAGAUCAGAUAGAGUGACUAAAAACGCAGUUUUCGAGCAGGGCCCUAGAACUAUCAGGCCUGGAGGAGCUGCAGGAAUAAACACGCUGAAUUUACUGGACGAGCUCAGUGUGGGCCUGGAUAUUCGGCCGGUAAUCCGCACAAACCCUGCCGCCAAAAGCCGCCUGAUUUACGCCAAUGGGGAGCUGCAUUUGCUGCCCACGUCGCUGUUCAGUUUAUUUAGCGCUCAAAAACCGUUUUCUAAGUCGAUUGUACGCCACAUCCUCCACGACAUUACCGCUAAGUCGAAACCUGUGGAGGACGAAUCAAUUUACGAGUUCACUAAGCGACGAUUCGGGGUGGAAAUUGCCGAUUAUAUGAUCGACACUAUCAUUUGUGGAAUAUGUGCUGGAAGCUCGAAGGAAAUCAGUGUGAACUUCCUGAUGAAAAACCUGUUUGCCUAUGAGCAGAAGUAUGGCAGUGUCAUAAAAGGGGUGAUAAGGCAUAUGUUCGAUGCAAAGGAGAACCUUCCUAAAGCAGGCGCUUUGGCGGCCAGAGCCAAAGCCGAAAAGUGGAGCGUUUAUUCGUUCAGGAAUGGAAUAGAGUCGCUUCCCAUACAAUUGCAAGCCACCCUGAGAAGCAGGGGAACGACAGACAUCCAGCUGCAGGCCAAAUGCCAGGAGAUUAACUUUGGGGCCCCACAACAAGCAACUUUGCAUCUGGAAGAUGGAAGAACUUUAGACUCUGGGCACAUAAUAAGCUCAAUACCAGCCAAACACUUGGCCUCAAUGGUUGAAAGGCAACAUCCCCAAUUGGCUGAGAAACUACUCAAGAUUAAAACCGUCACCGUUGGUGUCGUUAACCUGAUGUACAAGAAAAAUCACAUAAAAAACCCGGCGUUCGGCUUCCUGGUUCCUCCAAGAGAGAAACUGCCUAUUUUGGGCGUGAUUUUUGACUCCUGCAACCAAGAGCGGACGGACAAAACCGUCUUAACGGUAAUGAUGGGCGGGUAUUGGUUCAAAAGCUUAUUCGGUGAAACCCCUAGCAAAGGCACCUUGUUGAAAGUGGCCACCGAUCAGAUGAAGUCAAUUCUUAACAUAGACGAACCGCCUGAAUUUUACCAAGUAAAUAUCCUAAAGGACUGCAUUCCCCAGUAUAUUGUGGGCCAUCAGGAAAACCUACGUAGCAUCAGGGAGUAUAUCGGGGAAAAGCAACUGCCGCUUUCUCUAUGCGGGGCUUCGUAUGAUGGCGUGGGGAUCAAUGAUGUGAUUUUAUCCGCAAGAAGGGCCGUCGAGGGCUUGAAAUAGUUAAUAAGGGGUGAAAGGAAAUCAAGGGGUCUUGCAAAUAAACAAUGUUUUUAUCGAUAAUAAAGACGUGACUUCUUUAAA